AUGGAUCAAGCCCAUGAUCCUGUUCCCACAAGCCUGGCUUCACUCCCUUCACCACUGCCAGAAGCUCCCCCAGGCCAAGUCUACACCGACGAACAAUGGCAAACCCUCUUCUCCAUCCUUGAGGUCUUUGUUCCUGACAUCUCCACCUCUCAUCAGGACCCUGCUGCUUCCAUUCCCCCAGCUCAAUAUGACGCCGCUCGUCGUGAGGUCCUUCGAUAUGCUCCCCCGUCCUCUUCACCUGCCCUGGCAGAUGCUUUUCUCUCCGAAAAGCUCGUCUCCAAUCCUGCCUUUAUCGCUUAUGUCAAGCGAAAGUUCCAGAUCUGGGUUCCUCCCAAUGACGCCAAAGCACUUGGUUUCAUCCUUUCCUCCCUCAACACAAAACUAGGGUCCUUGCUCAUGACCGGGUCAAAGAUCCCAAUCCACUUGCAGCCCCUCUCUGCGCGCUCUCUCAUUGUCUGUAAAUGGUCCACAGCCCGCCUCGCUCCACUCCGUGCCAUCUACGGCUCCACCUCGGCUCUAGCCAGAGCAGCAUACACCUAUUCUUCCUCAAUCCUGAUCUCGACCAUUGGGUAUCCAGACAUUCCUCUGCAGAUUGAACGCCGUCCCACUUACGACUUUACUUUCCAUGACUUCACCUCAUCUUCAACUCCAACCACCCUCACCACCGACGUCGUCAUUGUCGGCUCCGGAUGCGGCGCUGGCGUUACUGCUUCGCAUCUUGCACGAGCUGGGUUGAAAGUCCUGGUCCUCGAGAGCGCCUAUCAUUUCCCCUCGACCCAUUUCCCCAUGGCCGCCGGCGAAGCUACGGAAAAUCUGUACUUGAACGGCGGCUUCUUCACCUCCGACGACAACACGGUGGGCAUUCUUGCCGGAAGCAACUUUGGUGGCGGCGGCACCGUCAACUGGUCUGCCUCCUUGCAACCCCAGUAUGCCAUUCGUCGCGAAUGGGCCUCUGCUGGUCUGCCACAUUUUACCUCGCCCAAGUUUCAAGAUUGUCUCGACACCGUCUGCCAGCGUAUGGGUGUGCCCAGCCUGACCGACCAGGAGUCACUAGCCAGGAUUCAGCACAACUUUGCCAACCAGACUCUUCUUGAAGGAGCCCGCCAGGCUGGCAUGGCUGUUGAGACCGUGCCACAGAACACGGCCUCCAAACCCCACUUGUGUGGCCGCUGCACCUUUGGCUGUUCCAGCACCACCAAACAAGGGCCCGCCAACCAUUGGUUCCCAGAUGCGGCUGCCCAUGGUGCUCAAUUCAUCCAAGGCUGUUUUGUCGAUCACGUCAUCUUUAACCGACCCCAGGACAGUUCCAAGAAGACAGCGACCGGAGUGCAAGCCAUUUGGACGUCGCGAGACCGCAAAACUAGCCGGACGCUGACCAUCAACGCAGAUCGCGUCAUUGUCGCUGCUGGCGCCCUCAAUUCGCCCGCAGUAUUGCAGCGUAGCGGACUCACCAACCCUCAUAUAGGGGCAAAUCUGCACCUACACCCGACUGCAAGUAUCUGGUCGGUGUGGAAGCAGCGCACCAACCCCUGGGACGGGGCCAUUCUGACUGUGGCCGCCACCAGCCUCGAGGACCUCGACGGCUACCAUCAUGGACCUAAGAUAGAGGUCACCUGUUCAGUACCGGGGAUAGGGCUGCUGACCCACCCCUUCCGUGCCAGUCCUACCCUCGACUCAUCUCCCUCCGCCUCUCCACUCUCUGCCGCCCUGACAUACAAGCUCAAUGUGGCCAAGUUCGGACACGAGAUGGGAUUCAUCGUCAUUACGCGUGACCAGGAUACCGGUCGAGUGUAUAUCGACCCUUCAGAUCCGGAGCGCCGACGGAUCCGGGUCGCCUAUACGCCAUCGACACGAGAUCGGGCCAACAUUUGGGAAGGUGUCUUGGCAUCCGUGCGGAUCAAGUACAACAUGGGUGCCGUCGAGAUUGAUCCAGGUAACCCGGCAUUGGAGCGAUUUGUGCGCCCAAGCUACGCCAACUCAACAUCGCCGUCCCCCUCAGAGUCAUCAGAGGAAGAGGCACGUCGGAUCGAUGACGCCGCCUUCGAGUCCUGGAUCCGCAAACUCAGGGACGCUGCUCCGUCCAUUCAUUCCUCGUGGAUGAUGGGCUGCGCCCACCAGAUGGGCUCCUGUCGUAUGAGUUCUGACCACAAGAGUGGCGUGGUGGAUUCUCGUGGUAGAGUCUGGGGGACCGACCGUCUCUACGUGGCUGACGCUAGUACUUUCCCUUCCGCCAGCGGCGUCAAUCCUAUGGUGUCUACCAUGGGCAUCGCAGAGUGGAUUGCACGGGGCAUUGUCAAGGAGAUUAAAGUCAGCAAGCUGUAGGAAGGACUCCAGUCAGGAGACGUGAAUGUGAUAUUGUUUUGCACAAAUGAUGGGUGAGAUGUUGAGUUGUCGAUACAAGGCUCUUUGGUUAUCUUUAAUAGGAAACAC